AGUGAAUCGGCUAUUUCCGUCACCAUGGCCGAAAUUCUCCGAAAGCGCAUUCGUAACUGAAUGCACUGACUACGGUUCCGCUGUUCUGGUCUAGAAGGCCAAAUAGCGUUAAGAGUCAUGUUGCGUUUGCCAGCGGUUGGUCGAGCCCUAGCUGGGGCUGCCCACUCCAAAGGGUGCCUUACUGCCUCUAACAAUGUAAGGACUUCUGUUCGGGCCUCGAGUAAUCUGGUGGAAGUGUUUGUAGAUGGCAAGCCUGUGAUGGUGGAACCAGGGACUACUGUACUUCAGGCCUGUGAGAAAGUUGGAGUGCAGAUCCCUCGUUUCUGCUAUCACGAGCGUCUCUCUGUGGCAGGAAACUGCCGAAUGUGUUUGGUGGAGAUUGAGCGAGCGCCAAAGCCUGUGGCAGCAUGUGCUAUGCCUGUCAUGAAAGGAUGGAACAUUCUCACAAACUCUGAGAAGACACGGAAGGCCAGAGAGGGAGUUAUGGAGUUCCUUCUUGCCAAUCACCCUCUUGACUGUCCAAUCUGUGACCAAGGAGGAGAGUGUGACUUGCAGGACCAGUCAAUGAUGUUUGGUUCGGACAGAAGUCGAUUUACAGAGGGGAAGAGAGCAGUGGAGGAUAAGAACAUUGGCCCACUCAUCAAAACAAUCAUGACACGCUGCAUUCAGUGCACACGUUGCGUCCGCUUUGCUAGUGAGAUUGCAGGCGUGGAGGAUCUGGGCACCACAGGCCGUGGGAACAGCAUGCAGAUUGGCACCUACGUAGAGAAAAUGUUCAUGUCUGAAUUGUCGGGGAAUGUGAUCGAUGUGUGUCCUGUAGGAGCUCUGACAUCUAAACCCUACGCUUUCACAGCCCGACCCUGGGAAACAAGGAAGACAGAAUCCAUUGAUGUCCUUGAUGCAGUGGGUUCUAAUAUCGUGGUGAGCACAAGAGGUGGUGAAGUAAUGAGGGUCCUGCCGCGCCUCAAUGAAGAUGUAAACGAGGAGUGGAUCUCAGACAAGACCAGGUUUGCCUAUGAUGGGUUGAAGAGGCAGCGUCUGACCCAGCCCAUGGUAAAAGAUGCCAGCGAUCAGUUGGUGCCCACUACCUGGGAGGAUGCUCUCAUGCGUAUAGCUGCUAUGAUCCAGGGGGUCCAGGGCUCUGAGAUUGCAGCCAUUGCUGGUGGAAUGGUGGAUGCAGAGUCUCUGGUGGCCCUAAAAGACAUGUUGAACAAACUGGACAGCGAGCUGCUGUGCACGGAGGAGCUCUUCCCAAUGGCUGGUGCUGGAAGUGACCUGAGAUCUAAUUACCUUUUGAACACCCGCAUUGCCGGGAUUGAGGAGUGUGAUCUGCUGCUUCUGAUUGGAACAAAUCCACGCUAUGAGGCUCCCCUCUUCAAUGCACGUAUCCGUAAGAGUUGGCUACAUAAUGACCUGCAGGUUGCUUUGGUUGGUCAUAACAUGGAUCUUAGCUACUCUUACAACCAUCUGGGUGAUUCCACUCAAGUGCUGAAGGAGAUCGCUACUGGAAAGCACCCCUACUGCCAGGUGUUGGCCCAAGCCAAGCGACCAGUGGUGGUGGUGGGAAGUUCCUGUCUGCAGAGGGCUGAUGGUGCUGCCAUCUUGAGCGCUGUAUCCACGAUUGCUCAGAAUGUCCGUGUCAGCAGUGGAGUAGAGGAAGGAUGGAAAGUCCUGAAUGUGCUGCAUAGAGUGGCCAGUCAGGUGGCGGCUCUAGACGUGGGCUAUAAACCUGGCGUAGAGGCAAUCAGGAAGAACCCUCCCAAAGUGCUGUUCCUGCUGGGGGCUGAUGCUGGCUGUAUCACCAGAGCAGACCUACCAAAAGACAGCUUUAUUAUCUACCAGGGUCACCAUGGUGAUGUGGGAGCUCCUAUGGCGGAUGUCGUCCUGCCUGGUGCAGCAUACACAGAGAAGAACGGCACAUAUGUGAACACAGAGGGACGUGCCCAGCAGACCAGGGUUGCAGUUACCCCACCUGGCAUUGCCCGUGAGGACUGGAAGAUCAUUCGGGCUGUCUCUGAGCUGGCUGGAGUCACUCUGCCCUAUGACACAUUAGAAGAGGUGAGGGACAGGCUGGCAGAGGUGGCCCCUAACCUGGUACGUUACGAUGACGUGGAGGAAGCGAACUACUUCAAGCAGGCUAAUGAGCUCUCUCAGGCUGUGAAUCAGUCACUGCUUGCAGACCCUCUCGUUCCCCCUCAACUCUCUGUGAAAGACUUCUAUAUGACAGACUCCAUCAGCAGAGCCUCCCAGACAAUGGCUAAGUGUGUGAAGGCUGUAACCGAGGGAGCAGAAGCAGUAGAGGAACCUGCCAUCUGCUAA